AUGGUUGAGGAGGGGCCUGAGGAACAAGAUCAUCAAGGAGGAGAGGAUGAAGAUGAAGAUGAAGAUGAAGAUGAAGAUGAAGAUGAAGAUGAAGAUGAAGUCGAGGUUGAGGACGAGGAUGGAGACAACGAGCAGGAGGACAGACGAAGGGAAAGGGAUACUACGCCGGGUAGCACACACGCACAAGAUCGUGAUGACCUCGGCGAGCAGAAUGAGAAGCAUAAGCAGCAACAGCUGCAGGAGCAGAGGGAGGGAAAGGGCAAAUGGAAGAAGGAUUUGGGAAGUAAUAGUGAACAAGCGAUCAAAGCAGAUCGCGGCGAGGCCGACGCAAGUGACGACACGAUAAAGAAGAUGCAGCAGGAGACUGUUCAAGCUGCCCAGUCAGAGAAGAAAUAA